AUGGGGUUCAUUCAGGCGGGAAGGUCGUUGAAGAGAAAGAAGGUGGGUACCAGUACAGAAAAUAGCAAGAAGAUCGCCAAAGUGCAAAGUAUAGCUUCGAAGAAUUUAACAUCAAUAGAUGAUAGAUCUAUAUUAGAAAAGUUACCCGGUGAAAUCGUAUAUAGGGUAUUUACGUUAGUAGGACUAAAUGGGAACCUGCUCCAUAUGACAAAUCGGUAUUUCAACAGAAUGUUCCAAUUCAGUAAGACUUCGGAUGGGAACAAUUGGCCAGGAUUUGGUUUAAUAGAAGAAAUCAUUCGUGUGCAUUAUACCUUUGAUUUGAAUUCCAAGAUAGAUAUAAAUGCAUCGUUCCGUAAAAUUCAGAAAUAUAAAAAGAAAUUGAGUGAAGAAAACUUCCUUGAACUUGAACAUGCACUAAAAGUGUUCGAAGAUAAUCAAUUUGUCUUGUCUUCUGAUAUAUUUAACCGAAGAUUCAUGAACCUGCGGGUAGUUGAAUUGAUAGGAUCAAGGAAAGCAUUGGAGCCUGAAAAAAUAGCCAGGGAAAUACUUCAAAGGUCACAGUACAUAAAACAUCAAUUCAAGGGAUUGAUUGAGAAAAUUCGUAAUCAACCGGAAUCAGAAUUGGAUCGAUUAGUUGCUGUCGCAGAUACACGAUUUGAACUUGGCAAUGAAGAAGAAAAUGAAGAUCUAGAUGCUACCCCUGGGGUAAGUAGUGAAGAUAUGAACUCGUAUAAAAUAUCUAACGUUCCUCUGGUAAUCCUGGAUUUCCCAGAGCGAUUUUAUAAAGGCCCUUGGACUUCAGAUAAAAUCUCCAUGAUGAACCAAAUGGGGAAGGUGCUCAACUUCCGGUACAAGGAUUUGGAUCGCGCGGUGGUUAGCGCCCUAGAAGGUUAUAAUGAUAAGUCUCAAUAUAAGGUGUCCGAAUUUGUACUAGUUAUGGAACAGGUUUCCAUCUCUGGAAAUUACUCAUCUGUUGAGUCAAUUGUGGCAACUUUCAGAGCACUUGAUCGUAAUGAAAACGCCUUGAUCAAACUGGAGCUCCGCCAGUUGGUACGAAGAUUACUACUAAUGUACUAUGGAGUAGAGCCUAAUGAAAGAUCGAGCGACGCUGAACUUUGGGUGUAUUUGGCUGAGGAUAGAAAUGUAACGCAUUUGAAUGAAGUUAUGGAGGUUGCACCAACCCCAGAUGUAAAUACACUACGUCUACUUGGUCUUUAA